UUUUUUUUUCCUUGCCUUUUUUCUUUUUUCUCUUUUGUAUCUGGAUAAACGUUUGACCUUGCCUUUUCGUCCAUAUUAUUACUAUUCACAGCUAAACGACGACCACGACGAAACGACCUACCACUACUACACUACUGGACAACUUUUUUCUUUUCUUGGACGGAAGAAAGUUUGUAUAAACAUAUCUACUACAAAAGUCAUAUCAAAGGAAUAGAAAAAAAAAUGAAUGCAGAAAUUAAAACAGAGGAAUCUACACAAGUUCAAGAAGAAUUUCAAGAAAUCGACACUACAUUGAACAAGCCAAAAUUGGCGCUUAAAGGAAACAAGUCUUUAUUAGACCGUGGAAAGAGUGGAGGUAUCAAAAAACAACAGUCUAGAACAAAUUCGCCUUCACCAUCCUUAUCAGACAUCAACAGCAAGUCCAACAUGACACGCGAUCAAAUCAAAUAUUGUGGGGCCAUCAUGAGAAAUCUAAAGAAACAUCGCGAUGCAGCUCCCUUUUUACAUCCAGUAGACUAUGUUAAAUUGAAUAUACCUGACUAUCCUAUCGUCGUCAAAUAUCCCAUGGACCUUACGACGGUCGAUAAAAAGCUCAACAGUGGGGAAUACGCCAAUGUGGAGGACUUUGUCAGUGAUAUUAGGCUGGUAUUCAACAACUGUUACAAAUUCAAUGGCCCUGAAGCCAUGAUUUCUAUGUUGUGUCAGAAUGUAGAGUCAGCCUUUGAAAAGAGUUUAAGGCAAAUGCCACCUUCUUCGAAUUCCAUGUCCAAUACACCAGCGUCCAUGUCACCAGCAAAUGACGACCAUCUGCACCGGAAUCAAAAAAUGAUUGAACGUCGCAUCUCUGAAGAUGGCCGACCGAAACGCGAAAUUCAUCCUCCUCCUUCCAAAGACUACCCCGAAACCAUUACGAAACGCAAUCGUAACCCCAGAAAGAACGAUUUGCAAAUGAAAUUCUGCAUGCAGACCUUAAAAGAAUUGAAAAAGAAUAAAUACAGGGACAUCAACUACCCAUUUUUACAGCCUGUGGAUGUCGUGGCAUUAAACAUUCCAGACUAUGUUGAAAUCAUAAAGCAUCCUAUGGAUCUAGCGACCAUUGAAAGAAAAUUAAACGAGGGUGAUUAUGAGGAACCAGAGCAAUUUGAGCAGGAUAUCCGUUUGAUGUUCAAUAAUUGUUACACUUACAAUCCACCCAAUUUACCUGUCUAUAAAAUGGCACGCGAAUUGGAGAAAGUAUUUGAUGAAAAGUGGGCUCAGAAACCAGAACCUGCACCUGUAAAUAGCGUCAUUGAUGAACAAGACGAAGAUGACAUCAUGGAAGAACCAGAGGAACUGGAAAGAGGAGGACGAGAAGAAUUGGACGAAGAGGAAGAGGAAUCGGAUGAAGAUGAACGUGAACAGAGAAUUGCUGAAUUAGAGCGUCAUUUGAUGGAUAUUUCGCAACAAAUUGCGUCCAUCAAAUCACAAAAGCGAAAGAGAACAGGAAAGCCCAAGUCCACCACCACACGCAGACCCACCGGCAGCAGUCAUACAGCAAAGGAGAGAAAGCCUGCUGCUGCGGUGAAAGAGAAAAGAAAACGGGCUCCAGCAAAGAGGAAAGAGACACAAUCUCAUCAAGCAUCGAAAGCGUUACCAAAACAGAUGGUGGAUGAUUACCCUGAAUUCUCAUUUGAACAAAAGAAAGAAUUAAGUGAACAAAUCAAUAGCUUACAGGGCGAUGACCUGACCACCGUCGUGAAUAUCAUUCAAACCUCCAUGCCCAACAUCAGUGGCCAAGGACAAGAAGAAAUUGUGUUGGAUAUUGAUGCGCUUGAUAGAAAGACAUUGCACAAAUUACACGAGUUCGUUACAGGCGGCGAUAGUUUAGUGGACAAAAAAGCCGCCAACUCACCACCCACAAAACGAGCUAGAAACAGUUACUCAGAAAGAGACAAUGCACGUAAAAUACGUCAAUUAGAGAAAACCUUACAAAAAUUUAAUUCAGAUAACGAUUCUUCAAGCGAAAGCGACUCUGAAAGUUCUUCUGGCUCUGAUUCAGAUGAUUCUGGCAGCAGUUCAGAUUAGAUGUAGAUACCUUAACUUUUGUUAUAUUUUUUCUUUUUACUUUUUUUUUUUUUUUUU